AAAAAUUAUUCUCAAAUAAAAAAUAUUAAAUAUUUAAACAUUUUUUUUCUAUAGAUUUAUCAAAAUUUACUAGAUAAAUAUUUGUUUUUUUAAACGAAAUAUAAGAAAAAAAAAGUGAAAAAUAUUGAAGAAUAAGCCAAAAGAUUGAAUUUUCUGCUCUCAAGCCGUCUUAAAUUACACCCAAAAACCUGUUCUUGACUACUCCUUCAGUUCCAAGAUCUAGAUUGAGAAGAUUUCGAGCAAUUUAAACUUGUUCAGUUCUUCCACAGUUUAUCCGAACAAAAACAUGGGUGACAAUUUGAUGGACAAAGUGAAUUCCAUUGGCGAGCGCCUGAAAAUCGGAGGCUCCGAGGUUGGGCAGAAGAUCACAGCUGGCAUGAGCUCCAUGAGUUUCAAGAUGAAGGAAUUUUUCCAAGGCCCGAACCAAACAGACAAGCUAGUCGAGGAGGCCACAGCCGAGACUCUCAGUGAGCCCGAUUGGGCCACGAAUCUCGAGCUAUGCGAUAUGAUCAAUCAUGACAGGAUUAACAGUGUUGAGCUAAUUAGGAGUAUAAAGAAAAGGAUUAUGCUGAAAAGCGCUAGGGUUCAAUAUCUGGCUCUCGUCCUGCUUGAAACUGUUGUGAAGAAUUGCGAGAAAGCCUUUUCGGAGGUAGUUGCCGAGAGAGUGCUUGACGAGAUGGUGAAGCUGAUUGAUGACCCGCAGACUGUUGUGAAUAAUCGGAAUAAGGCUCUCAUGUUGAUCGAGUCUUGGGGGGAGUCGUCAAACGAGCUGAGAUACUUGCCCGUUUAUGAAGAGACUUAUAAGAGUUUGAAAUCGAGAGGAGUACGUUUUCCUGGACGAGACAAUGAGAGCCUGGCCCCAAUAUUUACUCCGGAAAGAUCAGUUUCGGCUCUGGAACCAAAUGCCCCAUUCGCCCAACAUCUUCAUCACGAUAUUCCUGUGCAGACUUUUUCACCGGAACAGACAAAGGAAGCAUUUGAUGUGGCCAAAAACAGUAUCGACCUUCUUAGUACUGUUCCGACCUCUUCCCCUCAGCAAGAUGCUCUGCAGACAAUAAUCGAGACGGCUGGCGAAAACGAGGCCCUCCUCUUCGAGGCACUGAACGUGAAUGACGAGAUCCAGAAAGUCCUAUCCAAAUACGAGGAUAUGAAGAAGCCCCUCACUGUCCCACAGGAGCCCGAGCCUGCCAUGAUACCCGUGGCUGUGGAGCCCGACGAGUCUCCACGGGCCUCAAAAGAAGAGACUCUCGUCAGAAAACCAACGGGCCCCAGGCCCGAAAGCCAUGGAGGCAAUAAUAAUAAUAACAGCCAUGAUGACAUCAUGGAUGAUCUCGACGAAAUGAUCUUUGGUAAGAAAUCAUCCGGUGGUGGUGGUGGUGGUGGCGGGACAUCCGAGUCGAGAGGUGACGAGAAGAAAUCUCAGCCAGCAAAAGACGAUCUCAUCUCCUCGUCGCCGGCGACUUCACCGGCGCCUUCACCGGCGCCACGCCGAGCUAGACCGCGGCGUUCUUCGGCUCAUCCGGUUUGUGCUCGUUCCCGUCCUCGCCUUCGCCUUCUCGGCUACGCGUCCUCUUCUUUUUCAGCGAUGAGUGAAGGCAUUGCAGUAGCCUCAAGUUCUAAGGCCGUGUUGUCUAUCAACUCCAACUACUUAAGUGUAGGACAAUGCAACCUCCGGACCCGACUCAAUUUAACAAGACUUUCGCACUUGAAGACUGACACCGGCAUAGGGUACUUCGACAAUCACUCUCAGCCUCUCUAUGUUGCACAAACAACCAACGAAAUUUAUCAUGGAAAGGAGGCAGGCUUGUUCCACACCAUGAUCAAAGUGAAACGAGGCCCUCAUCUUUGA